UUGAAUCGAAAUAAUUCAUAACCAUGAUCCAAACGUGAUAGAAUGGUUCAGGUUGACCAACUAGUCAGCAACAUCAUUUUGUUAGUCAUAAACAUGCUUAAUUCGCACCUGCCACUGAUUGGCUAUUCGAUUUCUGAUAUGGUCAAGAACUGGCGUGUACCUAUGUCCCUCAUCAGCUAGAUUCCGUAGGAGAGUAGCAUACUGAUAUUCUUCCCCAUAUUGCAGUUGGGCUGAGCAUAUGCGACAAAUGCGACCGAUUGGAUUAUGUCAUUGCUAAGGUGUUGGCCUCUCGAAUAAGUCGAGUUCUACCGUCCACAAUCAGUGACUGUCAGAAUGCUUUGUUAAGGGUAGAGACAUAUCCGACAACAUCCUAAUAGUCCAAGAGGUAAUGCAAUUCUUGAAGACAAAGACUCAGGGUAAAGAACAUUGGAUGGUGUUGAAGCUUGACAUGGAUAAAGCUUAUGACCGCGUAGAGUGGGGAUUUCUCUUUGCUGUUAUGGAAGCUUUGGGAUUAUGUCGACAAUGGUGGUAUGGCUGAAAGGCUGUGUUACAACGGUUUCAUUCUCGGUGCUAAUCAAUGGUUCGGAACAUGGAUACUUCAGACCACAGCGGGGGAUAAGACAAGCACUAACGUCAGUAGCCUCUUUGUUGGGAGUAUCUUCCAUAAGCGCUCAAGACAGUUACUUAGCACUUCCCUCUCAAGUCCAACGUUCCAAAAUCCAAACGUUCUUCUUGUGGAGGAUACCUUGGCAUCCCAUAUCCAAAGUUGGCGAUCUAAAGCUCUAUCCCUGGCUUCCAUAGAGGUAGUAAUUAAGACGGUGGGAUCAACCUCCCCUAACUAUACCAUGUACUCGUUUCUCCUGCCUUCUAUUUUUUGUCGCAGAUUAAAUCAACAGUUGGCUCGUUUUUGUUGGGCGGGUAUAGACAAGGAGAAGGGUAUUCACUGGCUCUCGUGGCAAGAGACUUUUCAAAUCAAAUUCCAUUGAGGGCUCGGCUUUCGUGAUUCGAUCGAAUCAAUGUGGCGAUGUUGCCUAAGCAGGCUUGGAAAGUGCUCAAGAAGCUGAUAACACUGAAUUUGCACAUGUUUUUACCCCUCAUUUCUUGAUUGUUUAACUUGGUGUUUAUCCUACUUUGGCCUAUUUUGCGCUAGGUUGUGUUCCUUUGUCACAUUUCAGGUCCUAGCAUGUAAAUUGAAGCAUAGGUGCAAUUUUCAAGUAAAUCAGAGAUCAAUUGGUGACUCAGGGGGAGAAACUUGGGAAUGACUUGAGGAAUAAUGGAUUUCUACCUCAUUUUAUUUACAAAUAAUCAUGUAAGCUUGUUAUGAAAAGAAAGAGGAAGGGACUACGAGCAUUUGGGAUCAAACGGCACCUUAAUCGGAGGUCAAACGAGCUCAACGAAACUUAGGAGUGCAUGCAGAAAAUUGUGCACGGCCGUGUGAGUUUUUCAGGAGGUUUGCACGGCCAAAACCCCAAUUUGCACGGCCGUGCAAGUAGGGGGUGAAAAUCUCAGUGUGUAUAAAAGUUGUUUUGCGAUUUUUGGAGAGGGGGAGCUGGGUUUUGGAUCCAAACACCCAAGGGACGAACAAAACAGAGAGAGGGCGAUAUAGAGCCAUUCUUGGAGCUAUUUUGGAGGAUUCUUCACCAUUUAAGCUCAAGGAACAAGUCUAGACAUGAAGAUUGAAGAUCUGAAAAGUUAUACUGUAAUCUCUCUCUUCUCUAUGGAGUAACUUCCCUUCACUUAGGUUUUGAGGAACCCUAGUUUCAUUUGUUAGGAUCUUUCUUGUUUGAAACUUUGGAUGUUAUACUGAAUGGUUUUAAUCAAUUGAGGCAUGAUUGUUGAGUCAAUUGAAUCCUGAUCAGUUUCCUUUGAUUUCUGCUUUAACCAAUGAUAGAUAGAAUCUGAUUUGGUUAAGAGAGCUUUCUCAAUUGGUAGUAGAGAAUUGAUUGUACGAGAGUCACUCAAUUCACUACUUUGUACUGGAAUCCAUUCCAAGUAUAUGAGAUCUGUGUGAAUCGCGUUAGCAGUCUAUUCUGGUGAAGGCUAGUCGCCUGCCGGUUAUUCUGUCUAAGAGGGCUUGGUCAGCUUAAGAGAUUCCAAGCUAAUUUCGGAUCUUCUGCAGUCUAAUCAAUAGUAAAACAACCAAAGGGACUUACAACUUGGACCUAGUUGAGGAGCUAGGGGGAAUCAUACCUAAGUGAGUUCCCAACCUGUAAUUAGUAGAGUAGUUUAGUAAAUCAAUACUUAAUCCAGUUUGCUAGAUAAUGAAUUGAAGAUGAGUAAUAGUAACUCUAGAGACCCAUGGAUUCGAUAUUUAUUACUUUUGCCACUAUACUGAGCCCCUUUUAUAAGUUACACUUGGCCAUUGUUAGGUGUUGUGUCGUUGCGUGUCAAGUUUUUGACGCCGUUGUCGGGGACCUUCUAGGUUAUUAUGGAAACAUGAAAGUUUGUUAAUCUAGCUUUUUCUUUACUGCAUUCUCUCUCUCUUCCACCUUUGUGACUUCACAGGUUGUGUUUGAAUUUUGUGUGCAGGUAGUGCAUGACCCGUAGUCAGUUAGGUGACUUACUGCCAUUAGACCAAGAGCUUGAACGGACUUGUAGGAACUUCAAGCGGGCUUUAAAGGCGUGACUGGCUGCGGAGGAGGCCCUAGCACAGCUGCAGAUCAAUCAGGAGGAAGACAUGGGUGAGCCUUAAGACAACGAUGUGGUUGUCCCGGAUGAGCACACCAUGGGAUAUUACUGGACCGCCAGAGCCACAGACAUGACGUCGCCCAUCCACCAAUAAUUUCGAGGUGAGCACCUCUGUCAUCACCAUGCUGCGCGGCUCGGUGGUGUUCCGUGGAAAAGAGGGGGAGUGCCCUAGAUCGCAUCUACGGAGAUUCCAUGAGCUCAUCAAUGGGAUCAAGAUAAAUGGGGUCCCAGCUGAUGCCAUCCAGCUGAGGUACUUCCCAUUCACUCCGGAGGGGCAGGCCAAGGAGUGGCUGGACACUCAGCCUCCGGGCUCGAUCACCACAUUCGCCAACCUGGCGGACAAGUUCCUCACCCGCUACCAUCCUUCGUCGAAGACGACGGACCUGUAGAAGCAGAUCACCCACUUUGCCCAGGAUAAAGAUGAGACCAUUCG